AUGAAGGCCUACUGGUAUGACAAUCUUCCGGGCGACCAGCGCGAGCCCCACGACUCCGGCCGCGCCGUCUCAGAAGAGAAGCUCGCUUCCGUAGGCGUGCUAUACAAGCACUGCCCGACAAUCGCCGAUGUGGACCAGAUCGCGCAGGACCGCGGCUACCGAAAUCGCGACCAGGUCUGCGUCUCACCGGAGGCCAUGGGUGACGUCUACGAGGACAAAGUGAAGAUGUUCUUUGCCGAGCACUUGCACGAGGAUGAGGAGAUCCGAUACAUCACCGAUGGCGAGGGAUACUUUGAUGUGCGCGGACAGCAAGACGAGUGGAUUCGCAUUUGUCUGGUCAAGGAUGACAUGAUCAUUCUUCCCGCUGGUAUUUACCAUCGAUUCACCACCAAUGCGCAGAACUAUGUUCGGGCUAUGCGUCUCUUCCAGGAUGAGCCUAAGUGGACACCGCUCAACCGUGGUGCUGAGGUUGAUGGCAACCCGCACCGCAAAACGUAUUUGGACACUGUUGCCUCUCCUACGCCUGUAAACUAG